CACUUUAAAACACGCAGCGGCGGUUACUCAGACUGACAGUUUGCUCACACACCCACUAAUUCUCCAUCAGAUGAGUUCAUCUCCUGACAAAUAUCUGUAAGUGGAUUAGGAGUCAUUCUACUAGUACACUGAACAAUUUCCAGAAGACUGAACGCCACCAUCAUCAGAUCAAACAUCAGUUCCAGUGUUCAGCCAUGGUGCUGUUUGAGGAUCAGGAAUGUGGGGUCUGUUACCUGCGUUACUCCCGCAUCGACCGCGUUCCCAGAACUCUCCACUGCAACCACACAUUCUGCACCCCCUGUCUGGAGACAAUGGGGCUGCAUUCCAGCGGCCUGCGCACCAUUCGCUGUCCUCUCUGUCGCCAGGUGACUUGUUUGGACCGUGGCCUCAGCUUGCAGGAGGCUCUUUUUGUCAAUAGCCAAGUGUGGGACAACAUUUGUGAUGAGCAAGAGGAAGAAGAGGAUGAGAGACAGCAGGAAAAAGAGGAAGAGGGGAAAAACGCUAAUAUGCAGGUGCUGCCCUCAUCACAAGCUGAAUGUCCAGUUCGAAAACAAUACAGACCCAAACUCCGACUCCCGUCUUUCCUGAAGAGAAUGAGUUAUUCCAGGCACCCUGAAGAGAGGAUUGUUCCCACCUGCAAUGUAGAAAUGAUGUCAUGGAGAAGGAUUUCAUCAGAAGAGAUUUUAUGAAAAGUGCGACAGACACCAUAAGCAAAGGAUUAGCAAUACAAACAAUAGACUUUCACCAUCUGUUUUGCUUCUGUCACGUGCUAAUUACGCCUGGCAUACUGAAAAAGCGGGAGCAACAGUCAGUCCUGGACAAGGUUGUUUAAACAAAUCCAAACCCCUCCAUGUGCUUCAGUGACUGCAUUUUCCUCUUGAAUAGCCAUAAGUCCGAAUCCUGCUACUCCAUCUGAGGGGAACUUCUCAUUAGAUAUUCCACCCUUAAUCCAUCCCAGCUGCUGAGGCCGGAUUUGUUUCAGCUGUCCCGAGAGACAGAGGGUCCCAGAUGCGAAACAAGACUUUCAGAGCAGAUGGCAUCUUGGAAAGAUUUGAUUCACCCCCACUUCUCAAAUGGACGCUUUUAAGUUAUUUUAAGCUUUGUUAUUUAUAUAACUUAUAAAUUAUUGUAAAUAAAAAAUUCUGAUAGCUGGAGUCUUUUUAUGAAGCACAUCCUGACAUCAUGUUUUACAAGACUAUCUAGAGCAGAGGGAGUUCACACUUUUUUGAUAUAAGGACCCCAAAUAUGACAUU